AUGGCUCCCAAUCUGGAAGAGCGCACAAAACAGUUGAUACUAAAACGAGAGGGGUUCAGAAAAGAAUUAGAGGCAGUUCGCGCAAUACUCGACAGUUAUGAGGAAGGGGCCCCUAUCCACACCAUCCAACGUAGUUUGAAAGAGUUAGAGAUAGAAUUCGCAUCAUUCAAAAAGAAUCAGUGUGACCUAGACGAUAGGGAAGAAGGCCCGACACAGCAGAAUCGCGUGAAUUUACAACGGACAUUCUAUACUAUCUUCGGGGACGCGUCGGCCAUCAUUGACACCGCAACGAAACAAUCAGAGCCGACGAUCCGAGGUCCGACUUCGAACAUUUCCUCGCCGGAACCCAUCGAGUUGCCAAAAAUUCAGUUACCCACGUUUUCGGGUGCUUACGAGGACUGGCCAGGUUUCGCGGAUCAAUUUCGUAACACGGUUCACGACAACCCGCGAAUCGACGACUGCAAACGUUUGACAUAUCUUCGAUCCUGCUUAACGGGCGCGGCGGCGCUAACCAUACCAUCUUUGAAUAACGUAACAACCAAUUAUUCCGCCGCGUGGGCAAUACUAGAGAAAAGGUAUAACAGGCCAGAGAAGAUCGUGCAGAGACACCUGCAAGAGAUAUUCAACACAGGCCUCGCAUCGCGCACAGCACACCUAGACUUGCAAUCCUACGCGACCAAACUAGAAUGGCAUUACAAGGCAUUAGAAUCGCUCGGACAUUUGACGGCAGACUCCGUGCUAUUAUAUCUAUGCACCUUUAGAUUAGACCGGGAUACCGAUCUCAUCUGGAAGGAUAAAACACAACACACACCGUUCCCCACAUUCACGGAAUUCCUCAAUUUCUUGAACGAUCGGUGUCUAAUCAUCGAACCCUCAAGGACGACGCGCCAGCCACGCGGGCAAGCGUUUGUCACAUCACGAUCGUCAUCAAUUUGUCCAAUGUGUAGCGGACCGCACAAGAUCUGGACUUGUAGAACCUUUAGAACGAAAACCAUCGAAGAGCGCAUCAGGGCCGCCGAAGAAAUAUCGGCAUGCACUAACUGUCUGACGACAGGACAUACACUCCCACAGUGUUCCGCCGGGUCCUGUCGCAUUUGCGGACAACGUCAUCAUACUCUUCUACAUAGAUCCGACGCUCAGAUUACGAAUCGAACCAUUUCCAGCAACGGGGCACCCGCGACGACACUCCCUGGCAAAAGUAGAAAUACCUUGAAACAUCCAAACGAUACUCUACCAACAGGCCCCGACCGACGCCUGCAGAAAACACAAUUCGGAAGGGUCAACGGGGGGAGCUCAUUCUUCCCAUUAACCGCAAGGGUCUUUCACACCUCCACAGCAGAUCUCGAAGCGGACAUCACUCGCCUUGGGGAACUCGACGAUAAACCACGAACAAAACCCACAUCAGAGGCGAAUCAACAAUACGAGGAACACAUUCAAAAUCACAGUAGGCCCUGUUAUGCUCAUGUCGAAGCUGCAGGUAUGAAAGAAACACCAACACGAAGAUUUUCACAGGUAGAUUUCACCUCCGAUAAAGAGUUUAUAACCAAACGCAAUAGUACUAUAAGUUAA